AUGGGCUACUCGGUCAGGAAGUACGAGCCGAAGCUGGCGCUGGUGCCGGGGGACGACGUGCCUGCGUACGAGGGGUGCGCGCACGAGGAUGUGUUUUACGCGCGGCUGCUCGACGUUGCCGUGGCGCUGGGCGUCCGCGUCGUCCUCUUUGAGCUCGGGGACGAGGGACAGGCGGCGCGGGUGCUGCGGUUGGUGAGGCGGCGACAGGCGCUUCGGGGGGCUGCGUGCGAGGUCUGGAGGGACUGGCCCGACGUGGCACCGCAGGAGGACGAGGCCAGGGUGAUGAGUGUCGGGGAGGAUGGCGAUGACGAGAUUCAAGUGGCCAUUAGAGGCAGUGGGAAUGUGCGGUCUGUCCUGGUUCAGAUCCCCGAGCAUUCAUAG